CGCUGGCAUAAGAGGCAGGGAGUCCCCGGGCGGGUCGUGCCGAGCCGUGCCCUACGGUACUGUGCCGCGCCGUGUCGUGUCAUACGGAGCAGUGCCGAGGGGAUGGAGGAGCGCUACAGUAAGGCGGAGACCCUCGCCCUGCGGAGGAAGCACAUCGGGCCUUCCUGCAAAGUUUUCUAUGCCAAGGACCCUCUGAAGAUAGUUCGUGCUCAGGGCCAAUAUAUGUUUGAUGAGAAAGGAGAGAAAUACUUAGACUGCAUCAACAACGUUGCGCAUGUUGGCCACAGUCACCCAUACGUGAUAAAGGCUGCCACAAAACAGAUGGAACUGCUCAACACAAAUUCACGGUUCCUGCAUGACAACCUCGUCCAGUAUGCACAGCGUCUCACAGCCACCCUGCCCGAGAAACUCUCUGUUUGCUAUUUUGUUAACUCUGGGUCUGAAGCAAACGAUCUUGCUUUACGACUGGCUCGGCAGUACCGUGGGCACCAAGACGUGAUCACCCUUGAAAAUGCUUACCAUGGCCAUGUUACAUCUCUGAUUGACAUCAGCCCCUAUAAAUUUAAUCAGCUGGGAAAGGACAGCAAGAAGGAGUUUGUACAUGUGGCUCCUUCUCCAGAUAUAUACAGAGGGAAAUAUAGAGAAGACCACCCAGACCCAGCAAGUGCUUAUGCUGAAGAGGUAAAAGAGAUUAUUGAGGAAGCACAGAAGAAUGGACGCAAGAUUGCUGCAUUCAUAGCUGAAUCCAUGCAGAGCUGUGGAGGCCAAGUGAUUCCACCAGUGGGCUACUUCCAGAAAGUGGCCGAGUACGUGCACGCUGCAGGUGGUGUGUUCAUAGCAGAUGAGGUCCAGGUUGGCUUUGGUAGAGUUGGGAAGCAUUUUUGGGCAUUCCAGCUGCAAGGAGAAGACUUUGUGCCUGACACUGUCACCAUGGGAAAGCCCAUUGGUAAUGGCCACCCUAUGUCUUGUGUGGUCACAACAAGGGAAAUUGCUGAAAGUUUCGGUGCCUCUGGACUGGAGUAUUUCAAUACAUUUGGAGGCAACCCAGUGUCUUGUGCUAUUGGUCUGGCUGUGUUGGACAUAAUAGAAAAAGAAGAUCUCCAGGGAAAUGCUACCCGUGUAGGAAAUUAUCUCUUGGAGUUGUUGGCUGAGCUAAAGGAGAAGCAUCCCUUAGUGGGAGAUGUCAGGGGUGUUGGACUGUUUGUUGGAGUGGACUUGGUUAAAGACCGACAAAAGCGAACGCCAGCCACAGCUGAAGCCCUUCACCUUAUUUACAAGCUGAAAGAGCAUCAGAUCCUUCUUAGUGCAGAUGGACCCCACAGGAACAUACUAAAAUUUAAACCACCAAUGUGCUUCACUACAGAAGAUGCAAAACACGCAGUGGAGACAAUUGAUACCCUUCUCACAGAAGUGGAAGAGGCAACUGGAAUGAAGACAGAAAAUAAUAUAUCUACAAACACUCAGUGUAAAAGAAAAACAACUGAAGAGACUUCUCAGCCAGAAGGUGCACAUGAAAGCAUCAACCAUAUGAAUGGAGCUGCCUGCAGACAGGAGAAUGGGAUUUAUUCCAAAAAACGCACAGUGCCAAGUAAAAGAAUAAGAACAUGAAGAAAGAAAGUUCCCUCAUUCAGUCUGAACUUGUGUCCAGCUUUUCAGAUGAAGAGUGCAAUAGUCCAAGUCCUGGGAUCUGUUUGAAGCCUAGUCCUACCUUCCACAAGCUGCCUGAAUUCCUGUUAUCUUCAGUAGGAGUUUAAAAUACCUUUUCAGAUAGAUGAGAACUGCACCAUGUGGCUUGGAAUCUCACUGUGACAGGACACAGAAGUGAUACUCGGAUACCUUGGUGCUGUUAGCAGGCUUGACAUAGGUGCACAAACCCAGUGAAAUCUGUGCAUUUACCUGUACUACACAGAAUCUGAAUUACUUAACCAUCAUAUGAGCAAAUGCCAGUCCUAUUAAGUUUAAAAUUGUAUGCUUAACAUACUAUUUUGAUAAUAUUUUGAAUUUCAAUAUGUAAUAUUGAGAUGUUAAUUACUUCCCAUGUUUUAAUGGCUGAAUUCAUAAAGCAAUGCUUGAGAGUGAAACCAUGAUUAUCUUUCAGUGUAACUUAGGUCCUGUGGACCAUAAUCCCAGCUGAUGUAAAUUAGUUUAGCUUUUUUAACGUCAACAGUGCUCUACAAAGAGUCUACCACUGUGUGUGUAGGGACACAACGUUUAUGCAGGGCAUUCUCACUUUGUGUUCCAAGAAAAUGAAUCUGGAUCCUGAUUAUCUAUGGAUAAAGCAACUUUUAAAGAUAACUAUUUAUACAGAGUAAGACUUCAGGAAUUUUCUUCCCAAAAAGUUUAUCUGUUGAACCCUCUCCAAAAAAAGGCAAACAGAUUAUGUAUCAUUUCAGAACAUGCUGAUCAAUGGAAUUCAACCUGAGGGUCUCUCACAAUGAGAUCCACAGGGACAGCCCAGCUUGCAUCCCCAUGGAUUUUAGUUGCUCUGACAGUUGUAGGAAUUACUGAGUGAUCCUGCUGGAGCAGUGCUGUUAUUUUUUAUCAGGAGUGAUGAAGAGUCACAUACCAGUUGCAUGGGAUCCUGACACAUAAAUAUCUAUGGUAGCAUUUGACAGACGACUAAAAGGAGAGGACCACUGCAUAAAACAUGCAUGCAACUGCUUUUCAGACACUGUCCCUGUGCUGUAGAUAUGCUUAGUCUGAUGUGACUCCUUAUCAGUGUUAAUUUUAACAAGAGCACUCAAGCCCUACUUCUGUUGGGUUUUUAUGCUAUGGAAGACACUGAGGCCUUUACAAAUGGUUUAUACUUUAAAAUAUAUAUACAUAUAUAUAUUACACUUAUUUCCUCUUCAGUUUUAAUACCCUAAGUUCUGCUAUUUUGUAAUUGCUGCUGCUGACCCUACUGACACAACUGAAAAUUGAGCACCUUACUUAAUUCCAUGGUUUAGAUAAUUUGCUGUGCUAAUAUGGAUGUUUCCAGUGUGACACCUUCCAACAUCCUCAAGCUGGCUUAUUUUCUCUUUCAGGAUCCUUGAAUAAUUCUUCCACAAAAAUAAAUCUCUCAUUUGUAAUGA